GUUUCGACCGGUUUAGUUUUUAAUGUCUUUUAUUCAAAUAGUUGUUUAUAAUUUGAAGUGUUGAACGGACUCUUCUUUUCAGAAGUGAUAAAAAUGGCUUCCCGUAGCUUCGCUCCUCUCUCCAGUCGUCAGGAAAACACGAUAGGCCUGGGAAGAGCGGAUGGCCUGCGCGCUCACAAGCCCGGGCAAAGGCUUGUACUCGGUGUUUUGACAGAGAAUGAUCAGCAUAAUCGAGUAUUUGGCCAGAUUUCAUCCAAAUAUGAGUCAGCUUUUCAUGCUGCAUCUACUCGUGACGUCAACACAAACAGUGCUACACUUGGUGGCGAUGAGCUUGAGCCAGUCGUGCAGUCAGCUGAACAGUCCACCUCAUUCUUGAUGCCUUCAGAGCUUCUCCUUGUAGAUGAUGUUAUCCAAGAUCUUGGCUCAGGGUCUUGCAUGGAUGCUUCUAUGUGUUCAUUGUCGGUGGAUGCUUCCUCUGAGGACGUCUUGUGUGUUCCUGAGUAUGCUGAGGACAUCCACAGAUACCUGCGUGAAUGCGAAGUUAAGUACAGGCCGAAGGCCAGCUAUAUGAGAAGGCAACCCGACAUAACCAACUGUAUGAGAAUCAUCCUUGUCGACUGGCUGGUUGAAGUUGGCGAGGAAUACAAGCUGUGCUCGGAGACUCUCUACCUGGCUGUCAAUUACCUGGACCGCUUCCUUUCGUGCAUGUCUGUCCUGAGAGGGAAAUUGCAGCUUGUGGGAACAGCUGCUGUACUCCUGGCUGCGAAAUACGAGGAGGUGUAUCCUCCCGAAGUGGAUGAGUUUGUGUACAUCACGGAUGAUAGCUACACAAAGAAACAGCUGCUUCGGAUGGAGCAGCACUUGCUCCGAGUGCUUGCUUUUGACAUGACUGUACCCACAGUGCACCAGUUUUUGAUGCAGUACACUUUGGAGGAGCAGAUCUGUGCCAGGACCGUCAACCUUGCUUUGUUUCUUUCAGAGUUGAGCCUGCUAGAAGUGGAUCCCUUUGUGCAGUAUCUGCCUUCCAAGAUUGCUGCAGCUGCAUAUUGUCUGGCCAACUACACUCUAAAUGGGGCUCUGUGGCCUGAGAACCUGUAUGCCUUCACUGGUUACUCACUGGGAGUGAUCAGCCCAUGUCUGAAGGAGCUUCAUAAGCUCCAUCUAGGGGCUGCAAGUCGCCCUCAACAGGCUAUCCAAGAGAAGUACAAGAGCUCAAAAAAUUGUGGCGUGUCCCUUAUUGAGCCUGUGGAGUCUCUGCCACUCCCUUGAUGUUUUGGUGACCACAUGGAUUCCUUGGCCCACAAAUGAACUGUAGCGCUUAAGUCUCUUGUAAAUAUUGAAUGAAAUUGAUUUUUAAAUGUUUUUUUUAAGACUUUUUAAAACGUGAUUUUUAUCAUAGGUCGCUUAAUACAUAAUGUAAUCAAAGUUGUGACUUGUUUCUCUGUAAAUCCAACAUUAUGUUGGUCUGAAGGCUGUACGCUCCCAUUUCUGUAAAGAUUUUAGAUGAACGAAUGGUUUUGUACCACUUUGUCUACCUUUCCUUCCUUAGGGUCUCAUUACUGGUAUACCAUGUGUUUUACGUGUAUACUGCAUGCAAUAUCAUGUACUCCAUACUGUAUUUCAAUAAACAAAACAAGUUGCA